UUAAACCACAGAGCAGUGACACAACUUGUGAGGAAUCAGACUGGACAGACCAUUCAUAAAAGCACAUCAACAACACAGCAGCACCUCAAACUGGACUCACAUCAGCCCACAUCUCCAGUUCAUCCUCUUUGACUCACUGUGCACAUUUAUUCUUGCGGUUUUUCACUUAUGUCCCGCAAAUCCAGCGAUGACUAUAAUCUGCGUAGUAUGAGCAAUCUGAUGGGCGAGAGGAGGAAGCGAGCGUCGGAUGAUGGGGAGCGGAGUCUCAUCAAGGCUCCGUCCAGCGCCAGCCUCAGCAGCGCCGGUCCCUCAGCAGCAUCUCCCGCGGACUUGGAACGCGCGGCGCGCAAACAGUUCCAGCAAGAUGUCACGCCUGGUUUCGUUUACGUCCUGGCCGUGUUCUCCGCUAUCGGCGGCUUUCUGUUCGGCUAUGACACCGGGGUGGUGUCCGGAGCGAUGCUUUUGCUCAAGAGAGACAUGAAUAUAACUGCCCUGUGGCAGGAGCUGCUGGUGUCCGGGACUGUUGCCGCGGCGGCGGUGUCCGCGCUGCUCGGCGGGUAUCUCAACGGACUGUUCGGGAGGCGGGUGUGCAUCCUCAUGGCCAGCUUCACCUUCGCCAUUGGGGCGAUAGUGUUGGGAUCUGCUCCUAAUAAGGAGGCACUGUUGGUUGGACGGCUCAUAGUGGGACUUGGGCUGGGUAUUGCAUCCAUGACUGUUCCUGUGUACAUUGCUGAAACCUCGCCGUCCCACCUGAGAGGACGCCUGGUCUCCAUCAACACUCUGUUCAUCACAGCGGGCCAACUCACAGCCAGCCUUAUUAAUGGAGCCUUCAGCUACAUGCAGCAUGAAGGCUGGAGAUAUAUGCUGAGUCUGUCAGUGGUCCCAGCAUUGCUGCAGUUCCUAGGGUUCCUUUUCCUACCCGAGAGUCCUCGCUGGCUGAUCCAGAAAGGUCUUACCCAGAAGGCCCGGCGCAUACUCAGUCAAAUCCGUGGCAACCAGAACAUUGAUGAGGAGUAUGAUACUAUCAAAAGCAACAUUGAAGAGGAGGAAAAGGACUGCGGAGGAGAGGGCCCGGUGAUCUGGCGCAUGUUGACCUACCCUCCGGCACGCCGUGCUCUCAUUGUGGGCUGUGCACUCCAGAUGUUCCAGCAGCUUUCUGGCAUCAACACGGUCAUGUAA